AUGAGUUCGCGGCGUCAUUCUCACGAGAGCGUCGACCCCCUCGACCAUAUCCCUUACCCACAAGACGACACCGACCAGUGUUCCGUGAGAGCUCCCUCUCUAUUGCCGAUGAGCGCUGAACAAUUCCGCGUCAUACGCGCUGACUUUGUCCUCAAGUUAAGGCAGUGGCGCCGCGGCCAAGCGAGCCAAAAAACACCGACUCAAAUCGCGGAAAUUCUGGAAUACAUGGCUGAUGACGUUGACCAUUUCAAGACUGCCGCCACAGGUGAUACAGGAAUCUGCUUCUCGCCCAAAUGCGACCUGAUUAAGCAUGAGCUCUUGAAGCUGAUUCAGCGGCUUCAACGGGCCUCAUCAAUAGACCGUGAAACCACAGAGAUCAUGGCUUAUAUUGGGGCUGCGAUCGGCCGACUGACGCUCGAUGGUCGAUCUCAGAUUCACGAUGUCAAGGAUCUUGAAGCCGCAACCUCAACGCUUAUAUUCCACCGGAAUCAUAAGCUUCAUGGGUGGAUGUGGGUGUUUCCAGUGCCGUACUGCGUGGACUGGGUAGAGGUGGACUAG